AUGCCUGGCCGUCUUUGUCGUACGUUUCACGGAAAAGUUUAUUCCAGUGUGCCUCCCAGCGAUCAAAACUUGAACGACUCCGAGUCCGCGUCAAAUUAUAGUACCGAUUACAGCGAUGAUGAGCGGUACAAAUUUUUUGACAUCGAACCGAAGAAGUGGUAUGUUGGUUUUAUGUUCAAGCGAGCACACGCCCAAUUGACUGAUAUUGAGUUGCUUGAAAAGAUGUUACAUUAUAUCAAAAUCAGAGAUCGUAUCUAUCUUUCCGAUGUUGACGACGCAAGGCGUCAUUCUCGCACUUUUGCGUUUGCGGUUGUUACCAUGACGAAUACUGACGAGGAUAUCCUCGAUGAGGCUGAGUUGAUUGUUGAUGAUUGGAUUGAUAAUUAUGACAAGAAUAAACCACCGUUCAACCGGGGAGAUAUCUUUGGUCGUGCUUAG